GCAAAUCUCCAUUUUUCACUGGCUUAGAAGAAAACCAUUUAUUAGAAGAUGGUCAUUUGGAACAAAUCGUUCCAUCAUUAAAUUCAUCCCUACUUUGUGCUCCUAAAUCUCCGGGAAAUGAUUCUGGGGAACGAUUCUCAAGAAAAGUAUUUGUAGGAGGCUUACCACCGGACAUCGACGAAGAUGAAAUCAAUGCCAGUUUCAGAAGGUUUGGACCUCUUGUGGUUGAUUGGCCUCACAAAGCAGAAAGCAAAUCAUAUUUUCCCCCAAAAGGUUAUGCAUUUUUACUAUUUCAAGAUGAAGCAUCUGUUCAAGCUUUAAUAGAUGCCUGCAUACAAGAAGAUGACAAGCUAUACUUAUGCGUAUCUAGUCCUACAAUCAAGGAUAAACCGGUUCAAAUACGACCUUGGCGUUUAAGUGAUGCUGAUUUUGUCUUGGAUGCUUCAAUGCCUUUAGAUCCACGUAAAACAGUAUUUGUUGGUGGUGUGCCUCGUCCCUUAAAAGCAGUUGAACUUGCAAUGAUUAUGGAUCGGUUGUAUGGAGGUGUGUGUUAUGCAGGGAUAGACACAGAUCCCGAACUCAAAUAUCCUAAGGGCGCUGGUAGAGUUGCAUUCUCUAACCAACAAAGCUACAUCGCUGCAAUCAGUGCAAGGUUUGUCCAGUUGCAGCAUGGAGACAUUGAAAAAAGGGUGGAAGUAAAGCCUUAUGUUCUUGAUGACCAGAUGUGUGACGAGUGUCAGGGUUCCCGGUGUGGGGGCAAAUUCGCUCCCUUCUUCUGCGCCAAUGUCACGUGUCUGCAAUACUACUGCGAACACUGUUGGGCUGCCAUACACUCUCGUCCUGGGCGCGAAUUUCACAAGCCCUUGGUUAAAGAAGGUGCAGAUCGGCCCAGAGCAGUCCCUUUCCGGUGGUGUUAAUUUAAUUUGUCUUUGUCACUUCUUUAACUGCUAAAAUAAUUUUUUGUAAUUAUAUUUUUAGCUAGUGUAAAUUUAAGGAGUAUUUAUUGACAGCUUGAUAUUUAAACUGUUUUUCUGAUGAAGUUUUUUUUCUAUGUGUUUCCAUCAUUGAAAAUAUUUAUUUUGAAGCUGCAGCCAUGCUAUAUGUUAUCAAACAUGUUUGGCCAGUGUAUAAUUUAGGAGUAUAAUUCACAUACUAAGAUAGCUCUAUUUAAAUACUUUUCCCUUAUCCAAAUAGCUGCCUUAGAAAUUUGGAUCUGAUUACCAUUUAGCUAGUCCCAUUAUAUAGCACUAGUUUCUAAAAUCCAGAUUUCUCAUCCUAUCUGAGCAAUAAUUAAAGCCUUACCUUUUAGAUACGUUUUUUAAAAUGUAUGUUUAAUAGCGAUUGAGACAUCAUUUU